AUGGCGGAGGUUUGGAUUGUAUUAUCAUUCCUCUGGCUUUUGUUCAAUGUGGAAAGAACACAUACUGAGGCAAAUGAUCAAUCUGCAUUCCAGUGUGAAGUCGGGGGUGUUGGAGUCCACAAAUUGCUGAAACCCUCUGAGGGUCGCAGUAACCCUUCUGAAGUAGAAUCAAAAAUUGAGUCCGACUUGUUUCCCCUGGACUCUAGGACCAUCUGGGCUGCAGAGGAAGGGUGGUUGGUAUUCGAUAUUACAGCCACAAGUAAUCAUUGGGUCGUGAAUCCAAACAUUAACCUGGGCCUUCAGCUCUUUGUGCAGACAACCACAGGGCAGAGUGUCAAUCCCAAGAUGGCUGGUCUGAUAGGGAGACUUGGGCCUCAGACUAAACAACCAUUCAUGGUGGCCUUCUUCAAAGCCACUGAAGUUCACAUCCGCAGUGCACGAUCAGCAAGUGGUAAACAGAAGAACCAGGGUCGUUCUCGGUCUUCUAAGAGUCAGGAAUCUUUCAGAGCAACCAGCUUAACAGAUUCCAACUUCCGGAUCUACCUCUAA